GCAUUGCUGUGGCUAUGGUGGAGGCCGGCACCUGCAUCUCGGAUUUGACCCCUAGCCUGGGAACCUCCAUAUGCCUCAGGUGCAGCCCUAAAAAGCAAAACAAACAAACAGAGGUGUUAGUUUAACCCCCUGCACCAAGACCAAGAGAUGCUCAUACUGCCCAAACUCUGGUUUUCUGUAGCCCAGCCAAUGCCACACAAAAUGUGAGAAAGUGAGAAAAAGCUUCAGUUGAAAAAUUGGAGCUAUUUACUUCCUGUUUUUAAGUUAAACAGAGUGAAAUAAGGGAUCAUGUUCGGUUUAAAUUUGAUAUAUCAUCCCAACCUAGAAAAUUCUGCAAAAUUCAAGAUGUAAUAUAAACAUGCUUUUAAAAAUACAGCUGUUGUUCUUCCAGUCUGUGAAUUCUGGUGUGGCCUGACUUGGAGUGUCUAUCUGGGGAGAAGCAUCCAUGACCUCUGGCCUGAGGCUUUGCUUGUGCCGUAGUUAUUGAUAUGAUUGGGCUCCUGUGUUCUAGCUCCUCUUCAAAUAUUCUAUUUCCAGUGUAAUUUCAUUUAGACAUCUGUUUUUGCAUUUAGUUUUUAUAAUGUUUCUUUUCUCUCCAACUAUAUCAGUGAUGGAUAGUAACUGUAAAUUUCGAAUAUACUCAUGAGAAAAAAAAAACAUAACUCAUCUGUCAUCUAAUCAGUAAGAGAGAAAUACUGUUGACUUGAUAUUUUCUGUUUUCAUUAUAUUUCAUUAUACUUUUUGUACAUAUCUACUUAAAAAUACAGAUUUGCUAUCUCAUUGUAUAUGUUGAUGUGACACCAUUCUUUUUGCAUGUCUGCUGUGCAUAGGAUAUAGUUUUGUUUACUCCCCCCACACUCAAUCUUAUAUAACAAAUAUUUUUCCAAGUCUUUAAAAAUUCCUUGAAAUGUUACUUUUGGUAACAUUUGGCUGUAUAAUAAUCUAUCAUUUGGAUGUGUGCCAUAUUUUAUUUCUUAUAUCCCUAAGAUUAUUAAGAAGAUUCCAAUUACUUUCUAUAAUAAACAAUGCCCCAGUAAACAUCUUGAAUGUAAAUCUUUGUGCUUAUCCCUGAUUAUUUCCUUAGGGCAAUUUCCCAUGAGGAUUACAAGAAUGUGAGCAUACAUCUGGCUUAUUCAGGUGUACUUUCAGCUGCAACCUCUGUCUUAUUCUGUAAUGCUUUGUCCCCUCAAGUGACUGGAUUGCUUUAAAGUGAUCCUAAAAUUUACAUAGCAUUAAGAAAUUUGAAAUGUAUUUUAGGAAAGUUUCUAUACUCCCAAAGAUACAAACGUUUAAUCUCUGAAAGUGGCCGUGGUUGAGAUAUGUAUCUUUCUAACAAGGGAUGAAAGAAUUCUAAGCUUAUUUACUCAAAAAGUCUAAUAAAACAGAUUAUUGAAAGUGUUGGAAUUAUCUUUGUUUAUGAAAAGUUACAGUUGGUUUAAAUUGGCCAUUAAAAGAUCGUAUGAACCAGUCUCCCAAAGCUUAGCAACGUACAGGUCCAAUUCCCUUAUUUUCUCAAUCACAGAUUUUUCUGCUUAGGCUUAGCCUAUAAGGCUGAUAAUUGUGGCGUAAUAAAACUGCAUAGUGUUUAAGUGUGCAAUAAGCCUUGCUUAGCCAGACUCAAGCAAUAUUUACCAUCGCUCUGCUAAUGAGCUGUUCUUUAUAUCGUUUAAUUAGCCAGAUUUAUUUUAGCGAAGGUUAAAUGUGUUUCAUAUAUUUAAUAGCGGGCUUGAAAUAACAUGUGCUGAAAUCAAUUAGAAGAAAUGCAGGAAAAUUCCAAGCAGGCUUGCUGUGGAAUCAUCACCAUGCAGAUAGUAUUUUGGUUCAUCUUAGAAAAACCAGAAAUCUGAUGGGAAGAAAAUAUAUAGUGAAUCCUAAUCCAUUGCCAAAAAUAAUGUUGUCUGCAUUAUUGACACUUCUUUUGUGGACCACUUGUGGAAGCAGAUGUCCAGUCCUCUUCUUUGAAAGGUACUUAUGGAGCCUAGUCUAAUUGUGGGUGAUGUACCAGGCCAUGCUUACUGAGGGGCUGUGUGUCUAUAUAGCACAAGUCAUGUAGAGUCAGAAUUACCCUUGAGCGCCUCUUUGGAAGGCCCCACCUUGGAGGCCCACACUCUGUCUCCCAGGGAGGCCCACACGGCUAGUUUUGCCUGCAGAGUUGGAACAGAUUGCUGUUUCUUUGAAUACCAGAUAAACAGUUGGCUUGUGUGUAGGGGCCAACUUGUAUGAAAAAUAUGUUUCCUUAAGCACCAGAAUCCCACUCAGGUCUGCGAGAUGUUCACAGUGGGAGCUCCACUGGACUGAGGCUGACAGAGGGAGCUGAGGAAUGAUAUUUUUCUUCUCUCUCCCCCGCCCUGGGGCAUGAGUUCAUUGAGUGGGAUGGCUGGCGCCUGCCUGUGGGUCCCUUCCACCCUCCCUCAUGGUGGGUGUUGGGUUCUUUUGAGAGAAAGCAUGUGUGACGUGACACCAUAGCAAUUGCUGUGAUGUGGAAUUUUACCCACAGAGAAGUUCUUCUGUGACACCCUCCAGUGAUCUUUUUUUUUUUUUUUUUAAUUUUUUCCUUUUUUGGCCACACCUGUGGUACAUGAAAGUUCCAAGCCAAGGGUUGAACCAGAAUUGCAGCUGCCAGCCUAUGCCAUGCAAUACCACAGUUGAGCUGUCUCUGAGACCUAAGCCACAGCUUGCAGCAAAGCCGGAUCCUUAACCCACUGAGUAAGGCCAGGGAUCGAACCUACAUUCUCACAGAGAUAGCAUCGGGUCUUUAACCUGCUCAGGCACAACGGGAACUCCUCUAGGGACCUUAUUGGUUAACCCACACCAUGAAAGCAUAGUCAAAGAGGCAGGAGGAAGGAAUAUGUCAUUUUGAAAUUUACCUAUAAUAAUACUAUAACUUUCUCUGCAUUCAGUGAGCAGAGAUUUAUUGAGAGCCUACUAUGUGCUAGGAGUUAGGGACACAGUAGUGACCAUCCUUGCUCUUCUGCCACUUAAGGUCUUGGUAGGUCCUUGAGAAUUUGCCUUUGCCGAGGCACCAGUGGACUGACCGGAUAAUCAUUACACCUAUAAGGACUUAAAUAUUUAAUGCAGAAAAUGCUUAUUUGGGGUUCUUGAUUUGAGACUGUAUGAUGAAAAUGGUUUCUUUGAGAACUACCCAUUAUCUAAGCUCACACACUUUUUGCUUUAUGAUAACCAACCUCAGAGGCCAGUUGACCUCCCCGUCCGAUGUCUGUGUCUCUCGCUGGAUCACCACCUACCUGCUUUCAAACUCUUGGCUCCAGUAUUGCCUGAUCUCUGGCAUCUUUGCAUCCAGCAGCACCUCCGUGCUCCAGUUCCUCAUUCUCAGGAUCUGCGUGCCUUUGCUUCUCCCAAAGUGGUGGUAGAUAUGCGUAUGUGUGCGAGACAGACAGACUCAACAAACACAUUCUUGUGCUUGAGAGUUGACUUUUGAUGGCUGUUCUUUCACCAUUAGAGUGAUGGUUGCAAACCUGGAGAGAAGGGCAAAGUAAUUGGGUCCCAUUGUGUGUGUUCCUUUGCCUCUUUUGAUCUUGACCUAUUGACCUUUUGUGGGGCUUCCUUGUGCUGUGUUGUCUCCUGCCUGCUGUGGCUCACUUUUCCUCUUGUCUGAGUUACAGUUUGCAACCUCCUGCCUUUCUUAAUGAAUGCUUGGAACCUUCAAGGUUGGUAACGGUGGGGUGAGGUGGGCAGCAGGGCCGUCUGGCCCCAGAUUGCUCCAAGAUCUUUGUGCUCCUGGAGGUGGAUGCCAGGCUAGAUGUCUCAGGGUAUGCCAGGGGCCACAUAAUUCACCGGAUUAAUAUGAUUUAUCUUCUCAGACAGUUCUUUUUUUUUGUUUGUUUUUGCCAGCUACCUACAACCAUGCUUUUUACAUUGAAACAAACAUGGGUAUCUUAAGGCAUAGACUGCAAAAUUUACCUGAGGUCGAAAUUACCUUUCAGGCAGACACAUUCAUGCUGGUCUUCUAAGGACUUUGCUGUGAGAGUUGAAUCAGGCCUGGCUGAGCCCUGGCUCCUGGUUGCAGUUGUUUGAGAUGGAAGCAUGCAGGGCAUGUUGAUUGCCUUCCCUCCCUGCUUCUCUCAGUUGCCUGUGUUACGGUUCAGGCUGGAGGCACUCUGCUCCCUUGUCACCACUUGAGCAUGCCUGCCUGGUUCACAGGCGCUACAGACGUUGAUCCUGGGUGUCCUUGGACCUGCUCAAAGCCACCACUGGUCCAAGCAAUCUUCAGCGGUGAUCCAGAGGAGAUACGGAUGCUCAUCCAUAAGACAGAAGAUGUGAACGCUCUGGAUUCUGAGAAGCGAACCCCGCUUCACGUGGCUGCGUUUCUGGGAGAUGCAGAGAUCAUUGAACUCCUGAUUCUGUCAGGAGCUCGUGUAAAUGCCAAGGACAACAUGUGGCUGACCCCGCUGCACCGGGCUGUUGCCUCCAGAAGUGAAGAAGCAGUGCAAGUUUUGAUUAAGCACUCGGCAGACGUCAACGCGAGGGACAAGAACUGGCAGACCCCGCUCCACGUGGCAGCCGCCAACAAGGCGGUCAAGUGUGCAGAGGUGAUCAUUCCCCUGCUGAGCAGCGUCAAUGUCUCCGACCGAGGGGGGCGCACAGCCUUGCACCAUGCCGCGCUGAACGGCCAUGUGGAGAUGGUCAACUUACUCUUGGCCAAAGGGGCAAACAUCAAUGCGUUUGACAAGAAGGACCGGCGUGCUCUGCACUGGGCAGCUUAUAUGGGCCACCUGGACGUAGUGGCGUUGCUCAUUAACCAUGGCGCAGAAGUGACCUGUAAGGAUAAGAAGGGCUACACUCCUCUGCAUGCCGCAGCCUCCAAUGGACAGAUCACCGUUGUCAAACAUCUCCUGAACCUGGGGGUGGAGAUUGAUGAGAUCAACGUGUAUGGAAACACGGCCCUCCACCUGGCCUGCUACAACGGGCAGGACGCUGUCGUCAAUGAGCUGACCGACUACGGUGCUAACGUGAACCAGCCCAACAACAGCGGGUUCACCCCGUUGCAUUUUGCUGCUGCCUCCACGCACGGUGCUUUGUGUCUUGAACUGUUAGUGAACAACGGGGCAGACGUUAACAUCCAGAGUAAAGAUGGUAAAAGUCCGCUGCACAUGACAGCCGUCCACGGAAGGUUCACACGAUCUCAAACCCUCAUUCAGAAUGGAGGUGAAAUUGACUGUGUGGAUAAGGAUGGCAACACUCCUCUCCAUGUGGCUGCAAGAUACGGUCAUGAGCUUUUGAUUAACACCUUAAUAACCAGUGGAGCUGACACAGCCAAGUGUGGAAUCCAUAGCAUGUUCCCCUUACAUUUAGCUGCCCUCAAUGCUCACUCUGACUGCUGCAGAAAGUUAUUGUCAUCGGGACAAAAGUAUAGCAUAGUAUCCUUGUUUAGUAAUGAGCACGUGCUGUCUGCAGGCUUUGAAAUAGACACCCCAGAUAAAUUUGGAAGAACGUGCCUUCAUGCUGCUGCUGCAGGAGGUAAUGUGGAAUGUAUAAAACUCUUGCAGAGCAGCGGAGCAGAUUUCCAUAAAAAGGACAAGUGCGGGAGGACUCCUCUGCACUAUGCAGCUGCGAAUUGUCAUUUCCACUGUAUUGAGACAUUAGUGACCACAGGGGCCAGUGUUAAUGAAACAGAUGACUGGGGCCGUACUGCUUUGCACUAUGCUGCUGCAUCAGACAUGGAUAGAAAUAAGAGUCUCUUAGGAAACGCCCAUGAAAAUUCAGAAGAACUUGAAAGAGCCAGAGAGCUGAAGGAAAAGGAAGCUGCACUAUGCCUAGAGUUUCUGCUUCAGAAUGAUGCAAAUCCAUCUAUCCGGGACAAGGAAGGUUACAAUAGCAUUCAUUAUGCUGCUGCCUAUGGCCACAGACAAUGUCUGGAAUUGCUUUUGGAAAGAACCAACAGUGUUUUUGAAGAAUCAGAUUCCGGUGCUACCAAGAGUCCGCUCCACUUAGCUGCCUACAAUGGGCACCACCAGGCCUUGGAAGUCCUUCUGCAGUCGCUGGUGGACCUGGACAUCAGGGAUGAGAAAGGCCGCACGGCUCUGGACCUGGCUGCCUUUAAGGGACACACAGAAUGUGUGGAAGCACUUAUCAAUCAGGGUGCAUCCAUCUUUGUGAAAGACAAUGUAACCAAAAGAACCCCACUUCAUGCCUCAGUAAUUAAUGGUCACACACUGUGUUUGCGGCUGUUACUAGAAAUUGCAGACAACCCGGAAGUGGUUGAUGUGAAAGACGCCAAAGGACAAACCCCGCUGAUGCUUGCAGUAGCAUAUGGACACAUUGAUGCUGUUUCGUUGUUACUUGAAAAGGAAGCAAAUGUAGAUGCUGUUGACAUCAUGGGCUGCACAGCUUUACACAGAGGGAUUAUGACGGGACACGAGGAAUGUGUGCAAAUGCUGCUGGAACAAGAAGUGUCGAUCCUGUGUAAAGAUUCCAGAGGGCGGACACCCUUACACUAUGCGGCUGCUCGUGGCCACGCCACGUGGCUGAGCGAGUUGCUCCAGAUGGCACUUUCUGAGGAGGACUGCUCUUUCAAAGAUAACCAAGGCUACACGCCGCUGCACUGGGCUUGUUACAAUGGUAAUGAAAACUGUAUAGAGGUACUUUUGGAGCAAAAAUGUUUUCGAAAAUUUAUCGGUAAUCCCUUCACUCCACUGCACUGUGCAAUAAUAAAUGAUCACGAGAAUUGUGCAUCAUUGCUACUCGGGGCCAUAGAUUCCAAUAUUGUCAAUUGUAGAGAUGACAAAGGCAGGACACCGCUUCAUGCAGCAGCAUUUGCUGAUCACGUGGAGUGCUUGCAGCUUCUUCUAAGACACAACGCUCAAGUGAACGCAGCAGACAAUUCAGGGAAAACAGCACUAAUGAUGGCCGCUGAGAAUGGGCAGGCGGGAGCUGUGGAUAUUUUGGUGAACAGUGCCCAGGCUGACCUGACUGUAAAGGAUAAGGACUUGAACACGCCCUUACAUUUGGCUAGUAGUAAAGGUCAUGAAAAAUGUGCCUUGUUAAUACUUGACAAGAUACAAGACGAGAGCCUUAUUAAUGCAAAAAACAAUGCACUGCAGACACCCCUCCACGUUGCUGCACGCAAUGGCUUGAAGGUGGUCGUUGAGGAGCUGUUGGCCAAAGGGGCUUGUGUACUUGCUGUAGAUGAAAAUGGUCAUACCCCGGCCCUGGCUUGUGCUCCUAACAAAGAGGUGGCUGACUGCCUGGCCCUCAUUCUGGCUACCAUGAUGACUUUUUCUCCUUCCAGCACAAUGACGGCUGUCAACUUCGUUUGUUUUAAAAAAGACAGUUUGAGCAGGACGACCCUCUCCAACCUGGGUAGCAUGGUUAGCCUGUGCAGUAACAACGUAGGCUCGGAGGAUGGGUACAAUGAAAAUGAUUCUGAUUCGGAAACGUUCUGACUUUGGACUGUAGCAGCUUUUCCUUGAUCACCCAUGUUGGAGCAAGGGAAAGAAGUUCGAAUUCCAGGUUAAUGUUGUGUUCCAGUAUUAUUAUGGGCCCAAGCUUCCAGAAGCCAGUAGAGAAGGAAUUCAUCAAACCGAGGGAAGGCAGCUAGGCCGUAGGGCAAAGCACCCAUGCAGAUGGGCCUCAAUUUUGAUUUGUUUCAUGUUUUCCUUAGAUCCAAGAUACUUCUAUGGAAAGUCUACCUCUCAUUUUAAGUAAGGAAUGAAAAAUGCAUUUAAUUCUUUUUCUUUGAGGAUCAUGCAAUUAUUGAGAGGGAGCUGUUCUCUGUAAAGCUGUUUUUUUUUGUUUGUUUGUUUUUUUCAUGUACUUACUCAACCGUGAGUUCUCAGAAGUAUAUCAAUGUGACAUUCAUGACCCCAAGGAGGGGAAGGAAGGGGUGGAUAGGAAAUGCCUCAAACCUCUUCUCACUUUGAUGUUUACCUCCUCACUAGAAGCCAAAGGUAGAGGUGUUCAUCUUCAGAAAUAAUGCCUGUAAUAAUCUUUUCAAGGGAGUCCAAUUAUUCAUAUCCUCUCAACAGUAAGCCCUUAAAUAUCCAGAACUUCUUUUUGAGGAUUUUUGUGACAGUUGCCAGAGGAAGGGAAAAAUUCAUUGAAAACCAAACUCGCUUUCUUCAUUUAACACAAACACAGCACCCAGCGCUCCCCGUAACAAGCCUGCGACUAAUUUUAACCUGAUUCAUUGAGUCCCAAUCUCUUUAGUAACAUUUCAGGAGAAAAGUGUAUUAAACCAAAACCUUGAGACAUAUGCAGAUGUAAUAUGACCCUUUGUACAUCAAAAUACUAGUUUUAUAAAAGCCUAAGAACCAUCAGUGUUGUUCCUCAAGAGUAAAAUGUGAAAUGAGCUCCCCAGUCAAGGUCAUGACCAAUGAGUGGAAAUGUGACGACCAAAGGGAACAAAGAAAGUGGAAACAUGGGGUAGACAUGGGUGAUAUGGAAAUUAAAACCAGUUAAAGUUGCUUGAGGAUGAAAUCACCAUAGUGAAUACUGUGCUCCCUCUGCCAAAGCUUCUAGGUCAAAUGGACCCCGUUUCGCACCUGGAUUAGCUGUACAAAAAGAAGAAUGAGACUCUUUAAAUUAUGCAAUUAAACACGCACACAUAUGUGUAUGUGUAUAUAUGUCUGUAGUUCAUCAGCCAGCUAUACAUGAGGACCAAAAUGCUUCAAUCUAAAAUGGAAGAUUUAAAUUGUUUUCCUUCAAAAUGAAAAUGAGAACUGAAAUAGCUUUUCUAUGGAGUUAAAAAUGUAAUCUUUUUGUGUAACAGUCUUUGUUGUGUUUUAUAUUUCUUACGACACAGAUUUCUAGUUGAUGGCUUAACAUUUGUAACUGGUAAUGUGUUGACCAUGGCUUAUUUUUUGCCAAACUAGAGAAAAUGUUCCUAUACUUUUGAUGUAAAUGUGUUUAUAUUUAUUUGAAACAAACAAAUGCCCGAGGAAACAUCCAUUGUUUAUUCUCUGUUUUAACUGCUAUGUGUCUUACUUGGAAUAAUGACAAAGCCGGAAAAUACAAAUACUGCUGGCUUGCAGUCCUGGGGCCAAGCCCAGCAUUUCCACUGCUGAGGUUUCCAUCCGACCCUCAGGCUCUUCCACGUCGGUUGGAAAGGGUUACAACAUCCAGUUCUCAACCCCAGCGUGCAACCAGCUCAGAGCUUAGAAGACACUGCAGUCCUUAAGCUCGUCUGCAAAAUGAAAGUGGAAGUGUGUAGUGAAUCAUAUGCACCAAGGUGGCCCAAAGAAAGAUGCAGAAAUUAUCCUGAAUAUGCUGAAAAUCUCACAUGGUCCCAGUAACCUAACAGGAAACUGUGUAAGUGAGUGGGUGCAUGUACCAAGAAGAGAAAUAAAAAUCACCAGCUCAAGUGCUAUUUUCCGCUUGAGGAAAAGACAGGAAAGAAACAUGUUCUAUUAGGGUAGUCCUCUCUGACGUUUUAACAUCUUAUAAUCAGUUCCCUUUCCAUCUUGGACAUUUCUACUUUAUAAUGUAUGUGAGAUAGUUUAAAAACAGUGUUCUAUCGUAUCUGGAUCAAAUGCAGAUACUGUAUUAUAUAUUUCAUCUAACUGUAAAAGACUUCAGUCUUACUCUGUAAUAUUCUGGAUUUAACUAAAAACUCACAUUGGGUUCUUCACAAAUGAGAACUUGUUCAAAGAACUUGUACGAACUGGUAUGAAUUUCAUUGAAAAUUUUUGACACCACCACCAUUGCUUUUUUUAAUUCUCGGUAUUGUGUUCCCCUCCUUCCUGCUUCCCUGUUGUUUGUUUUGAGAAGAUGAGUACUUUAAAAAGUAGAUAAAUUGCUAAUGAGCAAUAAUGACCUCAUCUUUACCAAAACCCUGGAAAUAAGGGAGAUCUAACGCUGAAGAAGCAUGAUAUACUGCGGUGUCUUUUUCUAGAAGUGAGUGGAAGUCUUGCUCAGUUGGAAUUUCCAGCAGGAAAUGCGAUGCCUGCUUUAAUGGGGAAGCAGCGUUAACAUUUUUCCUGUAGAGUAGCACAGAGAACAAGAAACAUUGCAGCAGAGCAGUGACAGCCAUGCAAGAUUAUCUCCAUGGAGCUGCGUUCUGACUUCCCCCGGCUCUUUCCCUGAUAGGAAGAAGGAGGACAAAGGAACGAAAUGAAAUCAUGCUAUGAAUUGUGCAUUGAAUCAGUUCUUUAUCCCCGACUCUAUUUCUCCCUUUUCCCAAGACCAAAUUUUUUACCUUGAACAAAUGACUUUAAAAACUCUGAGUUUUGUGUUUUUCAUAUACAUCUCUAAGUAAUACAACUAGAUUUGUCGCAUACCUUUCUAAGAAAAAAACAGAAAACAUUGCGCUUUUAAUUGAGUCUUGGUUGUUGAGUGCUUUUCUAAAUGUGUUGGUUUGGGGACUGUAUUUUAACCACAGUCACAGGGAUCAUGUUUCAUCACACUUUCCUAUUUGCCAUGUCUGCCUAUCCUUGGUAAAUACAUUACUGUCUCCAAAUUGCCUAAAAUCUGCUAUGAUUCUACAGUAAAUAGCUCAGGGGAUUUCUAUUUAUCACUACUAAAAGGGCACCAUAGUAUGUUUUGGUACUUUAGGCAGUAACCAGCUGCUUGGUUUAUUAUUUUAUUCUUAAAUUAGAGCAAGAACAUCAAAUGGAUUUGCUGCACUAGUAGUAAUUCUUCGUACUGUUGAGCAACUAGGUUUGCUUAUCUGUUGUGUUGGUUGAAGAACUCAUCCCUUUUUUUUGUCUUGUAAUAUGAAGUUAGAGUGCCUUUUUAUAUUUGUAUAUUCUGAAAAUGUUCUGUGAAAUGUUUUGUAUUUUUUCAUUUGAGUGUUCUCAGAGCAAUAUAAUAAGUGAGUUUUCAUUUCAGCCUUUCUUUGAAUGUAUAGUGUCUUUUUCCCCUUUCCCCUCUUACCUGCUUUGAAAUGAAAAUGAAGAUGCUGAAGUUUUCUAUAGGAAUUACGUUUGAUUUUGCAGUACUAAAAUGCUUUCUUCUUACAAAACUGUAAACCAUAGGUCAGUGUUAUAGGGGAAAAGCGUUUUAAGAUAGUGACAAUCUGAGUGUGUGUAUAAAGUGUAACUCUAUGCGUUUCUUAUGCAGUGAUCUAAAAACUCAAUGCAAAUAUCUUUUGUUUGGUAGUUUUGUCUAUAUAUUUUAUGCUUUAGCAUGUGCAAUAUAUCUUUGCAAAGCGCGAUGAUACAAAUCUGGUGCCAGUGUUAUAUUUUGCAUAAAAUAUUUGUAACAACAUAAAAUAUUGUUUGAUAAUUUCAGUGGGAUUUUGUCUGUAAUGUUUUCUUAUGUAAAUUGGAAUUGAAUGAUUCUGGUAAAUGUCAUGACUGUAAAAAUGAGGAAAUGACUUUUAGUUCAGUGAAUGACUUUGAACCAGUCUGAAUCUUCUCAAGCACAGUUUAAUACUUUUUCAACUACUGAAUGCUAAUAAUGUAAUGAAGUACUUAACUGUAAUAUACUAUGGAAAUGCAUUCAGAUGGUUAUUUUUACAAAUAAAAGCGGUACAAAUAUUGUUGCAA